AUUCAAGUUAGGACCUGUUCAAUCAGUUUGCAUAUCUGAAGGUUCAAAUGACAAAAAAGAGAAAUCAUAUUCAAGGGGAAUCACUAUCCAAUUUAGAGACGAGGAAGAGAGCAGCGCCUUCCAUUGUGCAUUUGACCAAUGGAAUAAGGAAGUUGUUCAAGGAACAGAUUUAGCAAAUGGAGUUGUUUCAGAUUCUAAGAAGAGCAAGUUUGAUGAUAAAGUAGAGCCAUAUUCUGCUAAGAUGUACUUCCAUUAUUAUGGACAACUACUACACCAGCAGAAUAUGUUACAGGAUUAUGUGAGGACAGGAACCUAUUAUGCUGCAGUUAUUGAAAAUCGUGCAGAUUUUACUGGUCGUGUAGUUGUUGAUGUUGGUGCUGGUAGCGGUAUCUUGUCAUUAUUUGCUGCGCAGGCUGGUGCAAAACAUGUUUACGCUGUUGAAGCAUCUGAAAUGGCUGAAUAUGCUCGCAAACUUAUUGCUGAGAACCCAUCAUUGGGACAGAGAAUAACUGUAAUCAAGGGUAAAGUUGAGGAAGUUGAACUGCCUGAGAAAGCAGAUAUUCUGAUCUCGGAACCAAUGGGCACCUUAUUAGUCAAUGAAAGAAUGUUGGAAUCCUAUGUGAUUGCAAGAGAUCGUUUUCUUGUCCCAAAUGGGAAAAUGUUUCCUACUGUUGGAAGGAUUCAUAUGGCUCCCUUCAGUGAUGAAUAUUUAUUCGUUGAAAUUGCAAAUAAGGCUCUCUUUUGGCAGCAACAAAACUAUUUUGGGGUUGAUCUGACACCAUUAUAUGGAUGUGCAUUCCAGGGUUACUUUUCUCAGCCCGUGGUGGAUGCUUUUGAUCCGAGGUUACUGGUGGCUCCUGCCAUAUCUCACACGAUAGAUUUUACUAAAACAAAGGAAGAGGACUUAUAUGAAAUUGAUAUUCCAUUGAGAUUCAUAGCCUCCGUAGGCACCAGAGUGCAUGGUUUGGCUUGUUGGUUUGAUGUACUAUUUGAUGGGAGUACGGUGCAAAGGUGGCUUACUACUGCUCCGGGUGCUCCUACUACCCACUGGUACCAAUUACGUUGUGUUCUCUCUCAGCCACUGUAUGUCAUGGCGGGACAAGAAAUUACCGGCCAACUCCGCAUGAUUGCGCACAGUUCUCAGAGUUAUACCAUAUAUCUAACAUUGUCAGCUAAAAUGUGGGGUCCUGGUGCCGAACAAGGAGGAAUACUACAAACAUCGUCAUGCAAACUUGACCUCAAGGAACCCUAUUACCGAAUGUCUCAACCGCAAGCCUAUGCCGUGGCACAAGAUCAACAACCACAUCCAUUAAUGCACGCACAGGAUAUACAAAUUCAAGGCGAGGAUUUAGAGGAGCCGGAGUUGCUGCAACAACAAAUUCAAAAUACAGGCGGUCAGCUCCAAUAAGUAAAAUUCAUUCAU